GCAUCAAAAGAACGAAUGAGCCAAUCGGCGGAGGCGUUCUUGGUCGUUGUCAGCAACCAACGUACACAGCAGUGUGACAACCAGGAAGUGUCCCGUGUCUCUCUCUCUCGCUCUUGAGAUUCCGCGAGCGGCACGAAGCCGCUUUUCACUCAACUGUCAAACCGCAACUGACCGGAUGUUCCCCGCCUCCACGAGGCUGUCGGCAGAGCUACCGACGCUCUGGUGACCUUUUUUUUUUAUUUUUUAUGUCGGCAUGAAUCUCGGAGAUGGCCUGCUGUUUGAACUUGAAAAUGGAAAGCCCAAGUUGAUUUUAUGCAGUCAUGGUGUUGCAAAGAAUCCAGCAAAGCUCCCGUCCAGGCCCAGAGUGGCCAACGUCCUGAGCCCCAGGCAGCCGUCCUGUUUGGAGGAGGCGGGGAGAUACAGAGAGGCCAGGAGCAAGGCAGCAGCAGGAGCAGCAGCAGCCGCCGCCGCCUCCUUGCACCUCAACGCUGCCACUGCUGGAGAGAGGGGCGCUACUUUGAAUACAUCCAAGGCACAUGAACAUCACGUCGGGGGCUGCAUCAAAACUGUGGCCAAGGUGAGAUCAGACGGACACAAGCAAGCCGCCACUGUUGGAUCCCUCAGAACCAAUGGGAAAAUGGGAAAGCCUCCGAGCAGCAGGGCUAGAGCUGGAGCUGGUGGAAAGGCGGGGCUUAAGGGCAUGCCGGUCGGUGGGGAAGCAGGACGGACGGAAGGCGUGGUGGCUCUGACCAGUGGGCAACUACAGCAGAUCCUCGACUCCCUCCAGACCACCAGCAAUGACCGCCAGCCGCCAGAGGACCACCAGACCCAGGUCCGACAAUCUGGCACCUCAGUGAACGAAGGAGAAGGAGAGACGAAGGAGGGAGACAGAGGAGGGGAAGUGAUGGAGAAGGGACAAGGUGGUGGAGGUGUAACUGAUACAGCUGGAACCUCACAGGAAAAAGACAUCAGGUCGUCUGGAUGUUUGUUCAGCUGGAUGGAGGAGCGACAGUCGGACACCAGAUCGGCCAUCGACGCCAAGAAGGCUCAGUGGAGGAGACAACUUGAUGAGCAGGUGGUACUGAAGCAGCAACAGCAGCAGCAGUGGCGUCCGGCUCCGGGCAGAAUCCAGGAGGAGGACACAGAGCGUGUCUUAUCAGUUCAGAGUUCCCUCAGCCACAGGCAGCAGCCUGCAGCCAUCACCUCCAGCCUCAAACUCGGGGAGGUCACGCCAAUGGAGCAAGUGCUGGGUACUGAGAGGAAGGAGGAGCAGAGGCGACGCUGGCUGGAGGAGCUGGACCGACAGAGAGAGGAGAUGACUGAACGCAGGAGACGAGAGAAACUGCUCCAGAGCCAGACAGAGGACCACGAGCACUGGUGCUCACACUUCGACUCGCUGCAGAGGAGGCCUCCCGGUCGCGGCGCAGCGCCGUCAGCUCCGACCCGGGCCCCCUCCAGAGCGUCCGAGGGAGGGGAGUGGGAGCCCUCAUCUAGCCUGUCCCUCGUCUGGGACGCCACGAGCAGCUGCAGAGCGGAUAGCGUGGGGGGCGCCAGCGUGGAUACGACCAACGGAUACCUGAGCGGAGCCAGUUAUCUUAGGACCAUGACGGCCCUGCUGGACCCCGCCCAGAUCGAGGAGAGAGAGAGGAGGAGGCUCAAACAGCAGGAGCAGCAGCGAGCGAUCGACGCCCAGGUGGAGGAGCGGCGGGUGCAGAGGGAGCGAGAGAAGGCAAAGAGGAGAGAGGAGGAGGAAGAGGAGGCGAGGAGGCUGCAGAGCCGCUAUCAGCUGGACGCAGUGAGGCAGAAGGUACAGCAGGAAGAGCAGCGAAGGAAAGACAACGAUGAGGGAAGUUUGCAGGAGACAUUGAAGCCCAGCACAGUUAGCAGACAGGAUGAGCGGUCGGUGGAGGAGGGUGUUAUCAGUUCAGUCCCCCCAUACAAAGACACUGCUGUACAGACGGAAGCGUCUGCCUCUCUCCCGCUCAGAGCCGAAGGGGUUCAGACUCCCGACGUCUCUGCACAGUACCAGCCGCCUGCCGCUUGCUCCGCUGCUCCUCUGACCGGCAGGAAACCAGCGGCGAGAGCAGGCAAGGAGAACAUCUGUCUGCCCAGAGGAGGAGGAGCAGGAGGCGGAGGAGGAGGAGGAGGAGGAGGAGGAGGAGGAGGAGGAAGAGGAAGAGGAAGAGGAGAAGGAGGAGGAGGAGAAGACCCAUAUGAAGCGUUUGCCCGGACAGAGAGGAGCAGCAGGAGGCCGGAGUGGAACACACAGAGGUUUGGGACUUUUAGACGAGACGUUUCGAAGACGUCACCUCGUUUGCUUUUGAAGAUGAAAAAUGCAAACAAGAAGAAACAAGACGAGCCCAGCCGCCGCUUCGUCCCGGCCUCAGAGCGUUACCCGCCCGCUCUGCAGCGGGACCGGCAGGAGAGUCGACUGAAGAGGCAGGCGGAGCUGCACGCCCUGCAGGAGAGGACCUGUCUGUCCAGGACAGAGCCUCUUCCUCUUCCUCCUCCUCUUCGUCUCUGCCCCGACCCCACACAGACCAGAGGCGGUCCCAACAGUAAGGUGGAGACUGUUGCCAGAGUACAGAGCAUCUCUGCAGCCAUCAACAAUGAAAGGGGGCGCUCUCCUCUCGUCCCUGCUGUCAGACACAGGGUGCAGGCCCCCAGCCACCUUCCUCCUCUGGUGAUGGACUUCAUCCCGUACAUCCGCACCGAUGAAACCACCCUGGACCCGCUGGAGCACGGCGACGACCCCCCGACACACACACAAACAGACGCGGCUCCUCGGAGCUCAGCGUCUCCUCCUGCUGCUGCUCCCUCACAUCCAGACGAGCGGUCGCGCAAAACACCCACAUGCCGACGGCUGGAGGUCCUGAGGGGCCUGGCUCAGCUACGGCAGGGUUUACUACAGAAGCAGAGAGAGCUGGAGUCGGGACCCGAACCCUGAACUGAAACGUCACGACGACGAUGAGCAGCUCCGGUCGCCCUCGUCUACGCAAGGCCUUUGACCUCUGACCCCCCCUGAUUUGACUCCACUUCAGAGCUUUUGCAGCUUUGGCCCCCGAUCACAUUCCACUGUCAGUUCUUUUGUGUGGAUCGAGGGGUCGGAGGUCAUCUCGGCCUCCGGACGCAGACUCCAAACGGAGGACAAUUCCCAGGAUGCUUUUUGUGAAAUGAGUGGUGUCCCAAUGCCGAGGCAGACAUCUGGGGAGAACUGAGGAUGGAAAAUGAGAGGCGACACCGUGGCCAUGGAGAACAAUUAACAGUUUUCUUUCCGAGGUUCACUGGAUGAAACCAGAACCUCUGACGAUCAAUGUGCCACAACGGGGAGACGUUUAACUCCAAAGUGAAAAUGAACAGACUGCAGCAGAUUUUUAUUUUUUUUAAUCUGAUGUGUCAGAGUAACUUUACCCUCCACGACGACCCUCAUCGAGUCUGGGUGAGCAACCGUGUACGUCCACUGGUUUGUUUUAAAUGCACUUUCCGUCAGAGCGACGCUGGACCUUUUCCCUCCGAGAAGUCUCACUCCUCUGAAAAAGAAGUCAACUUCUUUCUUUGAACCAUCUUUUUUUGGAUUCUUCAGCUUCCUGCUGGACAAGAAGCACCAUGAUUCACUUUAUGCUUCUGUGCUGUGAAGUUUUAUUUUGUGUGGUUUUAUUGUAUUAGUGUAAUUUUUUUUUUUUAACUUAUUGCAAAUGUAAUAAAUAUAUGUAGAGGUU